AUGGUCCGAAGUGAAACAUGCCGAGGAGGUUAUCUUAACUGUAAUGAAUAUGAUACUAUAAGAUUGAAGAGGCUAAAGCAGACAUUAGAAUCUUUUAUCCCGCAGCCUUUGAUAAAUGUAAUUAAAGUGUCUGAAUUGGAUGGCAGAGAAAUGGGAGAUGCCCAGCCUGAAUCAUUUGACAAGGUAUUAGUUGAUGCUCCAUGUUCAAAUGAUCGGAGUUGGUUGUUUUCAUCUGAUUCUCAAAUGGCAGCCCAUAGGAUAGGCCAGAGGAAGAAUUUGCCUCUUCUACAACUAGAACUCUUAAGGUCUGCAAUUAAAGCUUUACGCCCUGGAGGGUUACUUGUGUACUCUACAUGCACACUUUCCAGAUCAGAAAAUCAAGAUGUGAUUGAUGAAAUCUUAAGCUCCUACAGUAACAUCAUGCCUGUGGACACUGAGAAAAUGGCAAAGACUUGCUCCCAGGACUUCACAUUUGCUCCCACUGGCCAGGACCAUGGACUCUUGGUGAUUCCAGAUAAGGGCAAAGCAUGGGGCCCAAUGUAUAUGGCCAAAUUGAAAAAAUCAUAAACUAUGUGAAAUUGACAGAAUGUAUUUUUUAAAACCUUAUCACUGUUAUUAUUAAAUAUAUAAAUAGUCUUGGACAGAAAUAAUCAGUAUAAAGUCAUUUUUCUUGGAAUCGUAUUUAAAUAAUAUUGUAUUAUCUUAAAGUCUAGGCAUGAGGAUUUUCCAGUUAUAUUUUCUUCUUAGAAAUACAGCGAGUUAGAUGCACAUGGUGCAAGACAAAAGGAUCAGCUUCAGGAUCCUGCUUUGAGCCCCUUGUUCCUCACCUGCAUGGGGUAAGUGAAGCAGGUCUGCAAGUCUGUCUGUCUUUCUCUCCCUCUUCUGUCUUCCCCUCUUCUCUUGAUUUCUCUCUGUCCUAUCCAGCAAUGACAGCAAUAACAACAAUAAAAACAAGAACAAUGAUAAAAAAUAAGGGUAACAAAAGGGGGGGAAGGAAAAGAAAUGCAUCUAGAGAAAAAAAGAAAGAGCAGUGAUAAAGUAGUGCAGAUGCUGUUUAUUCCGUAGAGUGAAUCUGCUGCACUGACUUGGCACUAUGUAGUUAAAUUAAUCAAAAUGCAUGGUUUAUACAAAAAAGAAAGUUUAGGAAUACAUUCUACCCAUUAUGUUGGUGGUUUU